UGUUAUAGUCUCGCACCUCAACUUCCGUCAUAUUUUAUAAAUAGAAAUAGAAUAGGAGCACCUAACUACUCUCUUCUGUUGACGUUGCGAAUAAUUUAAGAAAAAAGAAAUGGCAUUUGAUAUGCCCUGCUUAACUUACAUGACCUUGUAUUUUAUAACGGUCCAUGUUCUGCAGACAAAUUCGCGAACAUCGACUCACUGGAAGUUGAACUUGGAAGAUGAUCGAAUUGUCGAUUCAACAGCAUCCCCCUCAUCUGAAGUCGAUCCGAUAAUGAGUAUUCUAACUAGUAAGAUUAUUGUGAACGACGAGGGUGAAUGGAGAUUAGUAGAGGAAGGUUCCUGUUCGGCUGAAAACUGCUUACAAUCAGAAGAGUCCAAUUACAGCUUAUCUGCUGAAAAAAAGAGUUCUAGUUCAAGUAAACAAAGAGAGGGUACAAAAAUAAAUGGCCAAGGUAAGAAGAAUAAAAAGCAAAAAAAGAAAACUUUAGACUGUGGGAAAGCUGUUAAUUCUACUCAUGUAGAUCAUCUCAGAGGGGUUGCUGGACGUCAUUCCCAUCCUCAUGUAGCUGAACCAGAAGUUGCGAUGAUUCUCCGCAAAAAAUCUGGCAAAGAAGUAAACUUGGAAGAAAUUGAGAGAAAGUUGAAAAAAUCCAUAAAAGAAAAGCCUAAUUCCGCAUCCAUUUAUAAUCAAAUUGGCAAUCUUUGGCGGGUAAAGGGUGAUACUUAUCUUGCUAUAGAAUGCUUUCGCAAAGCUUUAGCUCUGUCUCCUCGUCACUCGGACGCUCUGUUGAAUCUUGCCAGAGUUUUGUUUAAUCUACACUACUUAGAUGACGCUAUUCAAUUGACUAGGCAAUCCUUGGAUGCCGCACCACAGGACCAAAAUACUUGGUUACAGCAUUUUACAUUGGGUGAAAUUUUAAAAGCAUAUGGCCAUAAUGCCGAGGCUGCCCUACAUCUCAAGCACGCUUUAGAUUUGAAUCCAGGUUUCGGUCCAGCACAAGCUCAUUUAAAAGAAUUGAACGCCGGAUCGGACGCAACAGUUACUUAUUAUACUUUAUUUAUCAUCUUGUUUUUAGUUUUGGGCGUCCUAUGUGGUAUUCUCACGUCAAUCGACUCAGGAUUGGACGAUUCGAACGACGCUGUUAAAACUCAGAGGCAUUUCAAUCGCGCAAUGGCGAUGAGAUCUAUCAAGCUCGGUAUUAAUCCUAAGUUAAUCAAGAUGAGAAAACAAUGUACAUGUUAAGAAAAGAUGUUAGUGGUAAAGAAGAAAAAUAAAACAAAUAUUUGUUCUUCAAUUCUCAAAAAUUUUCGAAAAAUGCAGAUUACGAGAUAGACGGCGGACUCUAUUGUACCGCAUCGUCUUUUUUAUUAUAUUUUUCCAGAGUGACCAUUUCUUAAAAACAGAUUAAAAAUUAUGCAACAGGUGUUCGAACAAAGUUGCCGCUAUAGAAUACUAACAGCAGGUUUAUAUUUCUUUUAGCUCAUUUUUUUAAUGAGCGUUUUAUAACUCUCUUAUAUUUUUUUUGAUACCUGUUAUUUUUCCCUAUUAAGAUUUAUAUACAGUAUAGAAAAAAAAUUGAUUAUUCAGGAAGAUAAAGAAUUUUUUAGUUUUGUUUUUUCUAUUCAUUAAAAACCCCAAAUUUAGUAUUUCAAUCUUAAUUCUCUAAUCGAAAUUUUUUGAUAAAUUCCCAUUAUGUAUAAUACUUGGCAUGCUUGAGGGUGUUCAUAUAAAAACAACAGCUGGAAUUCAUCCUCUUUUUUAUUGAAUGAUGAUCUCUCCUUUAUUGCCUUUCAUAUUUAUUUAAAUAAUGGUAAUUUUCUGUUAUUUGGAUAAACAGAUACUAAUCUCUUGUUUUUAUACUAUCAACUAGACAUUUUAUAAUCGUAAGUAAAACUCUUGCUGCCAUUAUCACGACGUUUAUUACUUCAUUUUCCAUUAGUAAAGCAAAAAAAGCAACUAAUCUUAGACAUAACAUAAUUAUAAAUAAUUGGCCAAAUCAAGCUAAGUGGUACAAAAUAAAUAAACCACCAGAAACGAAUAUCGCCUCGGUAAAGUUUAAUAUCUUUAUGAAACUGAGAGAAAUUAGAUAUGAU